AAAUGUCUUUCUGAGGUAUUUUUGAAAUCCCAAUAAAACUAAAACCCUAGCAUUCCUUCUCCACUCUCUCUUACUCCCUCACUUACUAACUAAAUCAAAAUCUCGCCUUCGUUUCUCCAAUCUUCAACAAUGUCAGCGAUGAUGCAACCGCAGAUCAUACUGCUAAAAGAAGGAACAGAUACGUCACAAGGGAAAGCACAGCUGGUCAGCAACAUCAAUGCGUGUACGGCCGUAUCUGAUGUUGUUAGGACGACGCUGGGCCCUAGAGGUAUGGACAAGCUUAUUCACGACGAUAAAGGAAACGUCACUAUUUCAAACGACGGUGCUACCAUCAUGAAAUUGCUCGAUAUUGUUCAUCCCGCUGCUAAGAUCCUCGUCGACAUUGCUAAAUCUCAGGACUCUGAAGUUGGUGACGGAACCACUACAGUAGUUCUACUUGCGGCAGAAUUUUUGAAGGAGGCCAAACCUUUUAUAGAGGAUGGCGUUCACUCACAAAAUUUAAUACGGAGCUAUAGGACUGCAUGCGAUUUGGCAAUUGAGAAGAUUAAAGAACUAGCAACUAGCAUAGAAGGAAAAAGUAUUGAUGAAAAGAAAAAUUUGCUUGCUAAAUGUGCUGCUACAACGCUUUCUUCAAAGCUUAUUGGAGGGGAGAAGGAGUUUUUUGCGCAGAUGGUUGUGGAUGCUGUCAUCGCUAUUGGAAAUGAUGAUAGACUAAACAUGAUCGGAAUAAAGAAGGUACCUGGUGGCAAUAUGCGUGACUCCUUUCUAGUAAAUGGUGUUGCCUUCAAAAAGACGUUUUCAUAUGCUGGGUUUGAACAACAACCAAAGAAGUUUGUAAAUCCCAAGAUACUUCUUCUCAACAUUGAAUUAGAAUUAAAAUCUGAGAAAGAAAACGCAGAGAUAAGGCUAUCAGACCCAUCACAAUAUCAGUCAAUUGUUGAUGCAGAAUGGAAUAUCAUUUAUGAUAAGUUGGAUAAAUGUGUACAAAGUGGCGCCCAAGUUGUUCUUUCACGUUUGGCUAUUGGGGAUUUGGCAACACAGUAUUUUGCAGAUCGAGAUAUUUUCUGCGCUGGUCGUGUAGCUGAAGAAGAUUUGCAAAGGGUUGCUGCGGCAACUGGCGCAACAGUGCAAACAACCGUCAACAACAUAAUUGAUGAGAUUCUUGGACCUUGCGAGAUUUUUGAGGAAAAACAAGUUGGAAAUGAGAGGUUUAAUAUAUUUAGUGGAUGCCCUUCUGGAAAGACAGCCACUAUUGUUCUUCGCGGUGGAGCUGAUCAGUUCAUUGAGGAGGCAGAACGGAGUUUACAUGAUGCUAUAAUGAUAGUCAGAAGAGCUAUGAAGAACUCAACUGUCGUUGCUGGUGGUGGUGCGAUUGAUAUGGAAAUAAGUCGAUUUUUGAGGCAGCAUGCUCGAACAAUAGCUGGAAAGUCCCAGCUGUUUAUCAACUCUUAUGCAAAGGCCCUUGAGGUUAUUCCAAGACAGCUAUGUGAUAAUGCUGGAUUUGAUGCUACUGAUGUGCUGAACAAAUUAAGGCAGAAGCAUGCCCUUCCAUCUGGAGAGGGUGCUCCUUUUGGAGUAGAUAUCAACACUGGUGGAAUUGCAGAUUCAUUUGCUAACUUUGUUUGGGAACCAGCAGUUGUUAAGAUCAAUGCAAUAACUGCUGCUACUGAGGCUGCUUGUCUUAUAUUGAGUGUUGAUGAGACAGUAAAAAACCCCAAGUCUGAAAGUGCUCAGGGAGAAGCUGCUGCUGGUGCGAUGGGUAGAGGACGUGGAGGAGCUGGUUUCCGUGGCCGUGGAAUGCGAAGACGAUGAGCCUACUCCCUGAUGGAAGUGUUUUAGCAGUCAAAAAGCAUCUUUCAGAAUUUUUUAUUUGAUUUUAGUUGAUUGCACAUUGUAUCAUUUGAAUUAGAUUUGUGCCAUCUGCCUACAUGACUUGUGAGCCCCGAACCUUAACGCUAAAAGCUUUGCUGAUUGGUUGAUUCUGGAGUGCAGUUGCAGCUGCUUAAUUUUGCUGGGUGUAGAAUCUUAGAUAGUAGCGUCGCAUGGUUUGUUGUUUACAACUUUUAAAGAGAAAUUUUUAGGAAAUGAAGUUUUGUUUGAAUUAUGCAA